CUUAAGCACUCUCUGCUCUACAAAGCUUAACCCAGAAGCCUCCCCGAUCUUAAUUAUUAUAGCCGUUUCUUUCGAUUAAUUGACUAUAUACGCAAACAAAUCCAACUGAAUCGUAGACUGCAAAGUAGACUGCACAGUAGCACAAUAGACUAAACAACCAGUAAGGAAGAAUGGCGGAAGACUUCCAAAGACUGAGAAACAAAACUUUUCAAUCCUUAGAAGGCAAAAAUGCCAUCGUCACCGGUGCCUCGCGUGGCAUUGGCAAGGGCAUCGCAUACGAUCUCGCAUCAAGGGGCGCCAAGGUCCUCGUAACAUACAACUCCGAAAGCAGCGCCUCGAAAGUCGAGCGAUUUGCCACGGAAAUCGGACCUCAGAUUGACUCUGUCCAAGCCAAUCUCUCCGACCACAAAGGCCCCGAAAAGGUCGUUGAAGCAGCUACAAAUUUCUUUGGGGAAAAGUCUAUCGACAUCCUCGUCAACAACGCCGCAUUCCUCAACAAUGGUGCACUUGGUGAAAUUACCCGCGAUGACUAUGAUGCCGUAUUCAAUGUCAAUGUCGCAGGUACACUCUUUCUCACACAGGCUAUCAGACCACAUCUCCGUCCCGCGGCACGCAUUAUUAACAUCUCGUCCGUUGGCGCACGUAUGGCGAAUGUGGGUAUGUCGCUUUACACCGCGAGUAAAGCGGCGCUGAAUGGACUGACGCGCGUAUGGGCCUCAGAGCUGGGUCACGAUGGGACGACGGUGAAUGCAGUGUGUCCAGGGCCUGUGCAGUCUGAUAUGCUAGACCUGGUGCCUGCGGAGAUCAAGGAGUUGCAACGGAAAGAGACGCCCGUGGAGCAGCGGUUUGGAGAGGAUAGGGAUAUUGCUGGUGUUGUUAGUUGGUUGGCGGAGGAAAGAAGUCGGUGGGUGACGGGCCAGGUUAUCAGUGCGAGUGGUGGGUAUGCGAAGUACUAG